UUUUUUUUUUCUUGGGCAACUUCUUCUACUUACGUCACUUCCGCCAUCCUCUCCCACUUCCAUCUUGCUCCCCGCGUGUGCCUGGUACUAAUAUACCACAGAUGAAAGACACGAUCAUGAAUCCAGAAAAACUCGCCAAACUUCAGGCACAGGUUCGCAUCGGCGGAAAGGGCAGUGCUCGCAGGAAGAAGAAGGUUGUGCACAGGACAGCGACCGCCGACGACAAGAAGCUGCAGUUCUCCUUAAAGAAGCUCGGCGUCAACAAUAUCUCCGGUAUCGAAGAGGUUAACAUGUUCACAAACCAGGGAACAGUGAUCCACUUCAACAACCCCAAAGUCCAGGCAUCCCUGGCGGCCAACACCUUCACCAUCACCGGCCACGCGGAGAACAAGCAGCUGACAGAGAUGCUGCCCAGCAUCUUGAACCAGCUGGGCGCAGACAGCCUGACCAGCCUACGGAGACUAGCCGAGGCCCUCCCCAAACAAGCUUCAGAUGGAAACGCACCAAUCGCAGAAGUAGAGGAGGAAGACGAUGACGUUCCAGAUCUGGUUGAGAACUUUGACGAAGCUUCAAAGGAUGAGGCGAACUAGAGGCAACGCGGCUCGCCGGAGUGCUGAGACUUGACAGGAACAUGUUGGGGAACAAGACUUUUAUAUAUUUGCAUAAGUGUAAAGUAACUUGUAAAAACUGUACUGUGGCACAUUUUUCACCGUAUUUUUUUUCGUUUCAGUCUCCAUUUUGGGGGGCCUUCAUAUCAAUUUUCCAUUCAGUCCCAAGUCCAACUAAUGCUUUGUCAUUACCAAGUGGUAUAUUCUUUGGUCGACAUUUCUCCAUUUGAGAGAUCAUGCAGCCAAACAAGCUCUGAUGUAGCUCUCUGUAUUAUUCGUUUGUCAUGGACGUUCUAUAGGUCGAUUUUCUUGAAUGGUUUCUCCCCAACAUCUGAUGUUAGUGCAUGCUACACCUCUUCACAUGAGUGAGGUGAACAGUACAUCUACCUUAUCAUUUCCAGUAUGUGCUUCAGUGAUAUUCCCAAAUCUGACGACCAAUAAACUUAUUUGCAAGUCA